AUGGCUAAAGCAACCACUAUAAAAGAAGCAAUAACAAAAUGGGAAGAAAGGAAAGGACAGAAGGCUUCUGAAGCACAAGAGGUCGCUUUAUAUGCUCAGUUUCCCCCCAUUGAAAAGAUGGAUGCCUCUUUAGCUGCAUUAGUUAACUGUGAGAAGUUGUCUCUUUCAACAAACUGUAUUGAAAAAAUUUCAAAUCUUAAUGGACUCAAAAAUCUCAAAAUUUUGUCACUUGGUCGCAAUAAUAUAAAGAAUUUAAAUGGACUGGAAGCUGUUGGAGACAUUCUUCAGGAGCUGUGGAUUUCCUAUAAUCAGAUAGAAAAACUCAAAGGGAUUAAUGUCAUGAAGAAGCUGAAGGUGCUUUACAUGUCAAACAAUCUGGUUAAAGACUGGGCUGAAUUUGUUAGAUUGGCAGAACUUCCAUCUCUUGUUGAGCUCGUUUUUGUUGGCAAUGCACUGGAGGAGAAGUAUUCAGCAGAAGGCACUUGGAUAGAUGAGGCAUCAAAAAGGGUUCCGAAACUUAAAAAAUUAGAUGGAAAUACGAUUAUCAAACAAGAGAGUGAAGAGGGUGAAUGA